GAACGUUUAUACCAUGAAAUGUGCGUAUAAAUAAAAAUUACAAGUCACUUCGCAACGUGCGGUUUAUAAAAUCAGGAGACGCGGCGAUCGUUGCGAGGUUUCAGAACAGUUGUACGACAACAAAAGUGUAACCUAGAGCAUAAACCAGUAUUUCACAGAUAUAAAACGUAAAACUGAAAGAUCGGAAGGCUUAGAGAUAAAACUGGAACGCGUUCCGUAUCGUCAGUUCGGUCCUCGUGCGCUGACAGUGUGUAGAAUCGGCAACUGUCCAUCGUGAAGUGAAAACCGUCGAUUGUUUUGACAUUUUCUGGAAUCUUAGACGGAGAAAAAUAUCUGACAGAUGAACACGAUCCACCCCGAACAAUCUAUUUUAGCAAAUACUAUCGACAGACUCCAAAGUCCACAUAUCGUUCCCCGGUUGAAUGCACAUCGAGUCGUAUCAUAGUAUUCUACCAACUGCCGGUGGAAGUUUAAACUAAUACUACUAUCGAACCAAUCAAGCGGUCUAGAGAAAUUCUCUGUCUUCAUUGGCAGAGGGAAAGCUUGAUUGGAAUCUUUGGGACUGCCAAUUAAAGUGCACAAAGUCAACCUCGAUGGAAAUGACUAGACUGCAGACUUCUAUGCAAAAUAAAGUCUUGGCACAGUUCACAGAGACUGGAGCUUUACGAAAAUAAUGAAACAAGACGGAGGAAAAAUGAAGAUAGUGAACAAUAUACUUCACGGUCCGCCAUAUCAACCCAGCCCUGAUAUUUCAAUCCAAGAACACUUACACAAUGUUGUUCGUAAAAAUCUCGAUGCCACUGCGUUGGUAGACAUCGAGACUGGGUUAUCCUACACGUACAGAUAUAUUUUCGAAGCAAGCGUGAAGCUCACUUACGCUUUAAAAAGUUACGGAAUCGAUCCGGAUGACAGAAUCUCCAUUGCUAGCGAGAAUCAUCCGAAUUAUCCGAUAGUGAUGUGGGCGGUUUUCAAUACUAAAGCUGUGUUCGCACCCUUGAAUCCGGCUUACACAGAAGUGGAAUACAAACACAUGUUGGGAAUCUAUGAACCGCGACUGAUAUUCGUAUCGCGGAAAUGCGAGCCGCUUAUGACGAAAAUCGCGUCCACUGUCCUUUGGAAGAUGUCGUUGAUACAGUUGGACGAUGAAGCAAUUAACAAGGACAUCCCAACUCUAAAACAACUUCUGGAGAAAUAUGAUGGCUUGAUAGAUCCGUACAGCUUCGUGCCGACACCGAACACCGACAACAGCAAGAAAAUGGCGGUCAUUAUAUGUUCGAGCGGGACAACAGGUUUCCCGAAAGGCGUAACACUGUCUCAUCGGAAUUUAAUAAUUUUCAUGAAUAAAUUCAUACAACCUGAAUUGUUUGAUUAUCGAAAAGGCGACCGAAUGUUGAACUUUCUGCCACUGUUCCAUGGAUAUUCAUUAAGUUUGGUGUUUAUGACAAUGACUACCUCAGCAACUAUAUAUAUAAUGCGAAGGUUUAAUAUAGACAUAGUUUUGCAGUCAAUCGAGAAAUAUAGACUCACUCAUUUGCCGUUGGUGCCUCCAGUUCUGGUGCUUUUCGGGAAGCAUCCAGGAUUAAGUAAGUACGACUUCAGCAGCGUUAGAGAAAUUCUAUGUGGAGCAGCACCACUUCCAAAGGACAUAGCGGAUGAGGUGACGAGGCGAUUGGGAUGCAGAGGGAUCCGUAACGGUUACGGUAUGACAGAAUUAACGAUUGUCACGAACCUGAGCAGGAAGGACUGCGAUAAAUAUGACGGAAACGUGGGUCCCGUGAUACCCGGCAUGCUCUGCAAGACAGUGGAUCCAGAUACGGGCGAGACACUGCCACCAGGUCAGGUCGGUGAAAUUUGUAUGAAAUCUGAUCAGGUGAUGCUCGGCUACUUCAGAAACCCGAAAGCCACCGCGGAAACAAUUGACAAGGACCAGUGGCUGCACACCGGUGAUCUGGGAUAUUUUAACACGGACGGGAUAUUGUACAUCUCGGGACGUCUGAAGGAAGUUAUCAAAUACAAGGGCUUCCAAGUAUCGCCGUCCGAGAUUGAAACACUGAUACAAUCGCACCCCGACGUUAAAGACGCAGCGAUCAUCGGGAAACCGGACGAAGAAUGUGGAGAGGUGCCAAUGGCUUUCGUCGUGCGAAAAUCGGACAGCAAAGUAUCGUCCGAGGACAUUUCCAAUUUCAUCAAAAAAAACCUGUCGCCGCAGAAAUGGUUGAGGGGAGGUGUACAUUUCAUUGAAGCCAUACCCAAAACUCCGUCGGGUAAGAUCGUGCGACGAGAGUUGCAUAGUAUGAUAUCUAAAUUAUAAAAUAAUUGUAUAAUUUUUAUCAUUUCGAUGUGCGUUCAAUUGAAGCAUUUUUGUGUAUAUUUAUAUUACGUGAGAAUAAAUGGAUAGUUACAUUUU